GCCUGUUAUAAGGUAACAACUUUAACCGUAACAAUCUCAUCUUUACGGUUAAGGUUAAGAUCAUGUCUUCAGUCUUGCUGUGUAACUUUUUCUUGAUUGUUUGUUAAACGUUAACCAAAUUGUUUCACUAAUUUUAAUGUAGAAUCAAAACAUUUACCAUUAAUUGUACCAAUUGUUGCAAGAUUGAAUCACUUUUAUAUCGUGUUGGGUCAACUUUUUUUCCUCUUCGUGUUUCUGGUCAACUUUUUGGGUGACUUUUUCUUCCAGUGAACUUUUUUUGGGUUAAAAUUUGUCAUUUACCAUUUUCUGGUUUGAAACCCAUUUCUCAAUUGUUUUCAAUUGCCAAUUUUAAUUUUUUCAUUGGCAUUGGUUCCAAAUUGUUUCGUCUUAAUUUCAACCUUCUUUUUCGUCUCUCCGUUCAUCUUGUGUCUCCAAUGCGGUGUAACUCGCUAAUAGUAAUUUACUUUUUUCUUGGUCUUCAACUAAUUUCACCAUUAACUGUCCAAGGUUUACCAUUACCAAAUUAUGAUCUUAUCGAUCCUGUCUCUUCCUCAUCAUCAUCUUCCUCCUCUGGUGUCACUCAAAUGCCACCGGAACCAGAACCGGAUAACUUUGGCUUUGCUGAGGAGUCAACCUCACUUCCAAUCAAACGAUCAGGUAAAAUCGGAUCACCAGUCAUGAUGGUUAAUAGACAUCAUCCAUUACGCUUCCUUAUUGGACAAAUGAUUCAAAGUCCAGAGACAUUGGAUGGACCUUACCAAAGAGGUCGAAGGUAUCGAGAUCAUGAUAAAAGCUUCAUACGAUUUGGUCGAGCAGCGGUUCAAAAAGCAUUGGCUUUAUGGUCAAGGGAAAGUCGUAAAAGACCUGAACAAAAUAAUGAUACUUAUUUUCUUCGAUUUGGCCGAUCUUCUCAAUAAAAUAAUCUAACAUGUUUAUUAAAUGAUUAUUAUAAUUAACUGAUUAUAAAGCUUACUUAUUCAAAAUUUAACCUUAAAAA